AUGCGUAUGAAACUUCAAUAUUCAAGCUUAGGUUGGAACUUCAAGUUUUCCAUAAUGAAUAUGCUUGUUUUGUGUUUUCUUAUGGUAUUGAGUAAUGCAAAUUCUUCAUAUGCAAGUUUAUUAUUGAAUAGAACAGUAAUCAUGUUUAGAGAGCAACAUAGAAGAAUUAUGCUUGAUAAUGGACUUGGCCAAACACCUCCUAUGGGAUGGAAUAGCUGGAACCAUUUUCAUUGUGAUGUUAGUGAAGACUUAAUCAAACAAACAGCUAAUGCUAUGGUGUCAACUGGCCUUGUUGAUCUAGGUUACAACUAUAUUAAUAUAGAUGAUUGUUGGGGUGAACUUAAUCGAGACUCAACGGGUAAUUUGGUUGCUAAAUCAUCAACAUUCCCUUCAGGAAUUAAGGCUCUAGCUGAUUAUGUACAUAGCAAAGGUCUCAAAUUAGGGAUCUAUUCCGAUGCAGGAAACCAAACAUGCAGUAAGAAAAUGCCUGGAUCACUAGGACAUGAAGUGCAAGAUGCAAAAACAUUUGCUUCCUGGGGAAUUGAUUAUUUGAAGUAUGAUAACUGUGAGAAUAAUAAUAUAGACCCGAAAGAAAGGUACCCGACAAUGAGUGAAGCCUUGUUGAAAUCUGGAAGACCAAUCUUCUUCUCUUUGUGUGAAUGGGGAUCAGAAGACCCGGCGACAUGGGCAAAAAGUGUGGGAAAUAGUUGGAGGACAACAGGAGAUAUUAAAGAUAAAUGGGAUAGUAUGAUAUCUCGCGCAGAUCUAAAUAACAAAUGGGCAUCUUACGCUGGACCCGGAGGAUGGAAUGAUCCUGACAUGCUUGAAGUUGGAAACGGAGGUAUGACAACUGAAGAAUAUCGUGCCCAUUUCAGCAUAUGGGCAUUAGCUAAGGCCCCUUUAUUGAUCGGUUGUGACAUUCGAGCGCUUGAUAACACGACAAAGGAAUUGCUAAGCAACUCAGAAGUUAUUGCAGUAAACCAAGACAAGCUAGGAGUUCAAGGGGAAAAGGUGAAAAGUAAUGGUGAUUUGGAGGUUUGGGCAGGUCCUCUCAGUGAUAAUAAGCUAGCAGUUGUCUUAUGGAAUAGGAGUGCGUGGAAAGCAACAGUAACGGCAUCAUGGUCGGACCUAGGUUUGAAACCAGGAACUUCAGUUAAUGCAAGAGAUUUGUGGCUGCAUUCAACACAAUCAUCGGUUUCGGGAAACAUAUCUGCAGAAUUAGAUACACAUUCUUGUAAGAUGUAUAUCUUGACUCCCAACUAG